GAAUAAUUUUUAGACCAAAAAAGAUUAUAAUCAAGUGAAUAUAAAAGAUUGUGUAUUUUAUAUUAUUACAUAAUAGUGAUAUUAAUUAAAACAAACACGAACACAGCAGUAGAGGAGAUGGAUCCAGCAGCUCCAGGACCCCUAGAUCCUAGUGUCUUGACCAUGCAGCAUCAGCAUAGGAGUACUCCUCUUUGGGAUGCCCAGGUGUCUGAUGCGGAAACGCUGGGCACCAGGCAUCCAGAUUCCGUUCCAUGGGUGAUCGAUGAUAGGAUCAUCCCAUACUUAGAGCUAACGAGUUUAUACGACUUUCACCUCGUUGCAUACAGCAGAGUUGACUGUGCCAUUAUCACGGCACUGGUCGAGAGAUGGCGCCAGGAGACGCAUACAUUUCAUCUCCCUCUCGGUGAGGCUACCAUCACAUUGCUUGAUGUAGCUUUACUAACGCGGCUUCCCAUAGAGGGACGUGCCGUGUGUACAGGCGGACGCCAGCUAUCAGGCUGGCAUGACAUGGUGCAUCGCAUAUUGGGAGAGCGCCCUCCACCGGAAGUGAUCAAGGGGAGCGGUUUGCGAUGCACUUGGUUGGUUCAAACCUUCUCGCAUCUCCCCGGAGAUGCUGAUGAGGCCACCAUUUCAAGGUACGCCAAGGCGUACUUCUUAUACUUGAUAGGAGCUGUGUUGUUUGCCGAUAAAACAAGCAACCAAAUACAGCUCCUAUACUUAACUUUACUUGACGACCCGUGGGAACGCAUCGCCGAGUAUAGCUGGGGCUCCGCAGCCCUAGGAUACUUGUACAGGAGGCUUUGUGGUGCUGCCCAUAAGAACGUCAAAGAGAUUGCAGGACCACUAGUCAUAUUACAGUUAAUAACAAUAACAUUUAAUUUUAAGUCACAUUUGGUUAGUUACAUACUAAUUACAUUUGCGAUCGUUAGCUGUGGGCGUGGGAGCAUAUUCUUAUCGAUCAACCUUACAGAACCGUUGGUCGUGGUGAUACUGCUCCUCCACCACAACCACCACCAGAUGUUGCAUACGGUUCGAGGUAGAAUUUUGCACGCCGGACGCGCAAGCACACCGGUAGCGGUCUAGGAUUCUACCGAGAUCAGUUAGACCUGCUACGACCCAACCAGUUUUUGUGGGGCUCAUACCCAGCGAAAGCCUACACAGCUGUACCCGAACACUCGGGGAUUCAUUUAGGGGCGUGGAGGGCUUCUGUGCCACUCAUAUGCUUCGACAUUGUCGAAGUACAUCUACCAGAGCGCGUAAUGCGCCAAUAUGGGUUGGUACAGGGCAUUCCACCACCUUGUGACACUGAACCCCAACUGCACCUAAUUUCGCGCAAAAAUCAGGCUGGGGUAAACUGGAUGGAGAUCAACUGGCAUCACAUCGCUCGUUGGGAUGCUAGACUGGAGCUGCUGGCACAAGGUGCGCCAAUCGAUGUUCAUGGCACACCUACUACACCAGACUACAUGCCGUGGUUCCUCUCCAUCACGCGCCGAUGGAUGACACCACGUGCCAUCUUCGAAGCAUCACAUUACGCACCAGCUGCUCCUACGAUGACCCAAUUUGCACAAGGUUCGGCAGACGUGAUGCGGUACAGCCAGGAGGAGCCGGUGAGGGAGAUUGCCCAUGGCAUGCUCGUCGGCUCGCAGUUCCAGCACUUCAUACCGGAAUUCACUGCAGAAUCCUCAACGACUACCGCCCGUACACACGUCUCAUCUCCUGCUUAUGACUACCAUUUGGAGGAGAUGGAUCAUUUAUACCCCGUUGACGCUGCGGGGAGCUCGCAGGCUGGGCCAUCACAGUACCAAUCCCCUCCACUGCCAGAGCGACACCCGAACGCCUCUUACUAUCGUAGGAGGUGAAGGAGACCAACUCAGUUGGAUAGGGUAGAUGAGGGUUCAUGAGCGUUAACGUUUAAUUUUUGUGCAUUUGG